GAGGACAUGCCAGUUGAUGAAAGUCUUUUGACAGGCGGCGGAAGCUCCGGUGCGUCUCGCGUGCUUUCUUUGUGCGCAUCUCCUUGGUUUCUCCACAGCUGGUGCCAGCGAGCCAGUGCUCGCAAACUUCACCCCCAGCAGGAUAUAUAUAUAUGUGUGUGUGUGUGUGUGAUUUUACUUUCAUGUGUGCUCAGUCUUUCUAAUAGACUGACCCCCAGUGCGCCGUUUAAAGGGAAGACAAGAGAGCUGAGUCAACGAAUCGCAAGGAGAAGGAUGCAACAGUUGAUGUGGGCAAGUUACACUUUCCUUAUAUUUAGAGUCGGUCUGCACACACGGAGGAUUGAGGCUAUGAUCUGUGGGGACAAAGGGUAUGAUAUUUGGUUGCUUUAAGCCGUCUGUGAGAUCAAAUCAUACAGUGGAUCUGCUACCCUUAAACGCAAUCACAGGCUGUCUUCUAGCGCGUUUGGUUCGCCAAAAUGGACAUUUGGACUGAAAUUAAUUUGAGGCGACUUCGCGCUCUGCUGAAAUGGAGUUAAAGUGCAAAUUUCGAGUGGUCUGCGGCGGUGAGUAGCAGUGGAGUGUGCAACAACAUGCAUCGGAUUCUGCAGAGGAGGAGAAUGCGCAAGCUGCGAGUCUUCUGGGCUUCUCUGGCCCUGGUGGCUCUGUCUCUGGCCGCAUGCAGCGCGCUGUUUACGGCGUGGACCUGGAGACAGACGCGGGACCUCUCUCAGUCCUUUAAGGUCCUGCAAGAUCGACUUGAGCAGGUCAAUACGCAGAGGAAAGCUAUUGUUCAGCUCAUUCUGGAGAAAAGAGAGCUGCUGCUGGAACGAGUGAAGAGAGAUGGGGGGACGGCUCGAGUGAGGAAUGGAAAUGGAAGGAAAGCGGCGUCUCAUUUUGAGAUAACCAAAGUCUCCUCUCAGCAAGUAGGAGAAGGUGGUGUGAUAAAAGGCUGGGAGGAGAGGACAUUGAAUAUGAGUAAAGCAGUAAGGUACAAUAAGGAGCAAGGUACCUUCACUGUAGAGAGGGCGGGCGUCUAUUUUCUGUUCUGCCAGGUGCUGUUCAAUGAGAAACAGUCUCAGUAUGUGAAGCUGGAUGUGGUGACCAGCGACCCGAGGCUCCAGAAGCUGCAGUGCAUGGAGGGCUAUGGAACAACCCCGUCUGCAGGCCCACACUCUUUCCAUUUCGUGAAGUCCUGCCAGGUAUCUGGCCUCCUGCGACUGGACAAAGGCACGACGCUGAGUGCCAUCACAGGCCAUUCCUUCAGUCUCCAUCCUGUAGCCAAUCAUGUCUUCAGCAUCUUUAAAAUCAACUGAAACUCAGUGUUCAUCUGAUCUUUGUUGACAACUACUCUGAAGUUCAACUGACAUAACAUGUUUUGUGCGGAUGGUGGAUAUAGUGAGGAUUUUUCUUCGUGGCUAAACUCUAAUAAGCCAUCGAAUAUUGCUACAUAUUGUUUCCCAUUUUUUUCCACCUAUGUUUGUUCAUCAAAAGAUAAACUGGACAUUUAUGGAGGCUGUUGUGGAUUUUUUUCUGGACUGGCUGUUUUGGAAUGCAGCGUUGGAUUAAAACCAAGGCCGAUAGAGAACAAAAUUCCUUGAUGAAUUUCUGCUGAGAGAACAGAUGUGAUGGAAACUGCUUUGUAGAUUAAAAAAGAAAAGUCCUUGGAUUUCCAUUUUAGACUUUGUGUCAUGCAAUAAACUGUGCCUACACUUUCUUUUUAAGGCUGAUAGUUAAGCUGUGCAUGCACCUUCCACUUCCACAGCUGAGAGCAUGUCUGAGUGCCUCAACACUUUAAAAAGUUCAGUUUUUUUUUUUCCCAGAGAUAUUAAGUAAUGCUGCAUCUCUAAGUGUAUAAAAUUAAUGAAUCAUUCUGUUUAUACUGAUUUUAUAAUCUUGAAUUUACAAUGUUUCUGUGUUAAUUUAGCUUUUUUCUUUAAAUAUUUUGUAUGAGUCACAUUUUACAGAACAUGCGUCAAGAUGUGAGCUGCCAAAGAAAGGGGAAUAUUUUGAAUUACAUGGAUGUGAAUUUGUUCUCUUUUUAAAGGUCAAAUGAUUGUAAAGUUUAAAAGUCAAGGUGCAAGGUAUUAUUAGCAAAACAUAAAGCUUUAAAUUUAA